AUGGGUUCUUUCGAUGCAUAUGGUCCGAAUUCGCAAGCCUUAACGUUCUUCGACCCUGAAGAGAAUGAUUUAAUUGGAGGAGAUACACAGGGACCUGAUUAUGACUGUUCUGAUUUCACUCUGCCUUCACAGUCUCAAACACAGGCAUCUCAACUUGACCCUGAUAAAAAUUGCUUCUCUCAGCAGCAUGAUGGGUCCAAUACCAUUGACGUGCUGUCCCAACGUGUUGCUGACUUAGACUUCAAAGAUGAGGACAUAGAUGACUCUAGUGUCGACUUACCAGAGCACGCAUGUGCUUACUGCGGUAUUCAUGACCCUGCUUGUGUAGUAUUUUGUAACACCACGAAGAAGUGGUUUUGCAAUGGUCGAGGCAACACCUCAGGGAGUCAUAUCAUCAAUCAUCUUGUUAGAGCUCGUGCGAAAGAAGUUACUUUGCACAAAGACGGACCUUUAAAAGAUACUCUCUUGGAAUGCUAUGUAUGUGGGUCAAAAAAUGUUUUUCUGCUUGGUUUUGUGCCGGCGAAGUCAGAGUCUGUCGUCGUGCUUCUGUGCCGUAACAUCUGUGCUAAUGCCAACAAAGACAUGUACUGGGAUCCUGCUCAGUGGCAACCGAUAAUUCAAGGACGUCAGUUUCUUGCUUGGCUUGUGAAAGUUCCAAGUGAUGAACAGCAAGCAAAAGCUCGUCAGAUAUCGGCUCAACAAAUAAACCGACUGGAAGAAAUAUGGAAAGAAAAUCCUCAGGCGGCAGUCGAGGAUCUAGAGAAACCCGGUGCAGAUAACGAAGUCAACCCAGUAUUGUUAAGAUAUGAAAAUUCACAGCAGUAUCGAGAUGUAUUCAUACCUUUAGUGGAAUUAGAGGCUGACUACGACAAAAAGAUCAAAGAAUCGCUGAAGUUGGAGAAUGUUUCCGUUCGUUGGGAGACUGCCCUUAACAAACGCCGAGUGGCUUACUUCCGGAUUCCAGGUGCUAACGAAGGCCCAGAACUACGGAUUAUGCAUGGGGAUGAGUUGAUCAUUCGUCAGUUUAACAGUCCAAACGAUUAUUUGGUUGGUGACGGUCAUGUUAUCAAAGUGCCUGACAAUUUCAGUGAUGAAGUUGGUUUGGAAAUGAAGCAAGUCAUUGAUACACCUCUAGAACCUGUGACGUACAAAAUCGAAUUUAAAUGGAAGUCAACUCCAUUCGAUAGAAUGAGACGAGCGAUUUCUGUCGUUACCGACGAACAACACGGUUUAUUACCACCAUAUAUAUUCUACCGAUUGCUUGGCCAAGAAUUAGAUGAUAUGGUGUUAAAGUGCAACUUACCUAAACGCUAUUCUGCACCAGACUUACCGGAGCUAAAUCACAGUCAAGUGUUUGCCGUCAAAACAGUUCUCCAACGUCCACUCAGUCUAAUACAGGGUCCACCCGGAACGGGUAAAACUGUGACGUCUGCAUCAAUAGUUUAUCACUUGAACCAAAUACAUCAAAAAAAGGUAUUGGUUGUAGCUCCUAGCAACACUGCAGUCGACCAGUUGUGCGAAAAGAUUGACCGUACCGGAUUAAAAGUUGUGCGCCUAUGUGCAAGAUCUAGAGAAGCUCUAGCAUCUCCUGUCAGCCGUCUUAUGCUACACAUACAGGCCCAAAAUGUGAAAGGUCAUACUGAACUCCGAAAGUUACAACAACUGAAAGAUGAGACUGGUGAACUGAGUCAGGAUGAUGAUAAACGUUAUCGAGUUCUAAAACGGGAACUUGAACGGGAACUCCUUAUGGCAGCUGAUGUGGUUUGCUGUACAUGUGUAACUGCUGGUGAUGCACGUCUGGAGCGCUUAAGUUUUCAUUCCGUUUUAAUUGAUGAGUCUACCCAGGCUACUGAACCAGAGUGUCUAAUACCAUUAAUGGUAGGUUGUCGCCAGGUUGUUCUAGUUGGUGAUCAUUGUCAAUUGGGACCUGUAAUUACGUGUAAAAAAGCUGCUAGCGCCGGAUUAACUCAGAGUUUGUUUGAGCGAUUUGUUCUGCUGGGUAUUCGACCUAUACGUCUACAGGUCCAGUAUCGUAUGCACCCCGCUCUUUCGGCCUUCCCAAGUAAUGUUUUUUAUGAAGGUAGUUUGCAAAAUGGAGUGACAGCAGAAGAUCGUUGCAAAAAGAUCGAUUUCCCAUGGCCAAAUCCAGACAGGCCUAUGUUUUUCUACUGCACAUCUGGACAGGAAGAAAUAUCCGGUAAUGGUGUAUCAUACCUAAAUCGAACAGAGGCAGCAACAGUUGAAAAAAUCGUCACAAAGAUGCUGAAAAUAGGUGUUCAUCCGAAUACUAUCGGAGUAAUCACACCUUAUGAGGGACAACGUGCAUACUUAGCACAUUAUCUUCAUUAUUCUGGUUCCUUAAAUGCCAAAUUGUACCAAGAAAUCGAAAUCGCUAGCGUGGAUGCCUUCCAGGGGCGAGAAAAGGAUUAUAUCAUCUUGUCCUGUGUCCGAGCAAAUGAAAAUCAAGGUAUUGGUUUUCUCAAUGAUCCACGCCGUUUGAAUGUUGCUCUCACUCGUGCUCGUUACGGAUUAAUAGUAGUUGGAAAUCCAAAGGCUCUGUGCAAGCAACCACUUUGGAACCAGCUGCUACACUUUUAUCGUGAUCAGCAUUUACUCGUGGAGGGACCCUUAAACAAUCUAGGUGAAUACAUGUUACAGUUUCCUAGACCCAAAGUUCCGUACACUUUCAAACCUGGUGGGCAUUAUCUAGCGCAACUAUCCGCAAAUCCCGCAUUAUUAAAUAGCAGUCAGUUAAAUGGGCAAUUGAAUACACACCCCGGAAAUCAAUUUAAUUAUCUUUCUCAUGUUUCAAAUCCGUCUCAACCAUGUUUUGAUAAUCCUAAUGGACCAACAGCCUUAGUAGCAGCUAUGGCGGCAGCGGCUGCUGCGGCUUACUUUGGAGGAUCUGGUUCAAAUACGCGCCCGAAUGUCUCAACCUUAGGAUUACAUGGGUCGUCAGCACUCAACCAACCUGGAGCAAGCCAUGCUGCAGCUUAUGCUGUUGCGGCUGCUGCAGCUGCUCAACAUCAAUCAAGUCAACCGUAUUCUAGUCAAACAAAUGGUAGUUCUCAUAGUAUGCAUCAACUAUUAAACCAGUCAUUAUUCGACCAGGUUGGGUAUAUAGGACCAAAUCGACAAUAUGCAGAAGCCAACGCUAGUUCAAAUCUUCCUAUGCCACUCAGCAUGUUGAUGCCUGCUGGUCGAAUAUCGAAUCCUACCAACGCAGCAAAUCCGUUUGCCUCUUCUGGUCAUUUUGGCAAUGGGAAAUAUGGCACCAACCUUGGGGCAGCUGCGCCACUUGGUAGAUCAAUACAAGCUUUGGGUCCACUAAACGUGCAUCCCAACUACUCACAACUAAAUACGGGAAGUACGAGAGCACCCGGCGGUCCUCUUCCUGGAAAUAACGUGGUUGGUUCUGCAGCUCCUCGGUAUCUUGGAAAUGCACGUCGAAAUGUACAAGCUAGUUCACAAAAUGCUUCGGUUGGCGCUUCAAAGUCACGUCAAAUUGAUGGGCCCAGUAGUCUGACCAACACUUCUGUGGAACGCGGUAAUACUAAUACUUCCAACUCAGGUGCUGGUCUACUUUCUCAGCCUGGUUUGUCAGAAUUUUCUGGAACUCAAGGCACAUCUGGUCUUAGUAACAUGGGUGUAUUCAGUAGUCAGUCGCGUAAUUCAGGACUUUCCGGUUUAUCUCAGGAGAGCACUUCGUUGGACUUUCGUCUUGGUCAGGGUACCAGUCAAAUGGACAACUUGCUUCUUUCUCAAGAUUCUACAUUUCAAGGUGCAACUGUACCUGUGAGCAAAGUAAAUUCACAAAGGGGAUCAAAUUUGUUCGCUACCGGAAGCGAGGAUCAUACCAACAUAAAUUUCGAUUCUGGUCUGGUUAAUGGGACCGAUUUAGAAAAUAUUGGUGUUUCUCAAAACGCAGUCAGCUGUGCGAGCAGUGGUGCACCGCUCUCGCAGUUUUAGGGAUCUCAUCCGGCUUAACUUUGGGCCGCGUAUCAAUGAUCAUCAACGAACAUAUAGUUUCUCAAGGGUGUCUGUCUACAGACAUCUGCAGCGACGACGGAAUAAAUCGAUUAUUCGGAGUGCAUCACUUGGAAGUACAAAAAAUUAAAAAAC